AUGGCUUCUGCCAAGCUGCAAGUAGGAAUUAUCUUCCUUACACAGAUGGGAGUGGGAAUCAUUGGAAACUCCUCCCUCCUUUGUCUCUAUACCUUCAUUUUGCUCACUGGGCAUAAGGUGAGGCCUACAGACAGCAUUCUCAACCACCUGGUCUUAGCCAAUUCCUUUGUGCUUUUUGCUAGAGGGAUCCCUCAGGCAAUGGCAGCUUUUGGGCUGAACUAUUUCCUAGAUGAGGCUGCAUGUAAACUUCUCUUUUAUUUACACAGGGUGGCUAGAGGGGUUUCCCUCAGCACUACCUGUCUCCUGGGUGGCUUCCAGGCCACCAAGCUUUGCCCCAAUUUCUCUAGGUGGCUAGAGCUCAGAAUGAGAUCCCCAAAGUUCAUUAGCUACUGUUGUUUCCUCUUCUGGAUCCUUCAUCUGUUGCUAAAUAUCUUUGUUCCUAUCAAAAUGAUUGGUCCAAUGAAUAGCAAAAAUUUAAGUGUAAAAAUAAAUUAUGGAUACUGUUCCUCCCUCAGCCCAGACAGAUAUCUAAAGUUUCUAGUUGUAUUCCUGUUCCUCACAAUAGACUUUCUGUGUUUGGGACUCAUGGUGUGGGCUAGUGGCUCUAUGGUUAUUGUCCUAUACAGGCACAAGCAGCAAGUUCAAUACAUUCACAACAGCCUCUCCCCCAGACCCUCCCAUGAGGCCAGAGCCACACGCACCAUUUUGAUCCUUGUGAGCUCUUUUUGUUCCUUUUAUUCGCUCUCUUCCGUUUUGCACAUGUGGAUGACUGUAUUUGUAAUUCCAGGUCAGUGGCUGGUGGACACCUCCAUGAUUUUAUCCUCAUGCUUCCCUGCCUUCAGCCCCUUCGUGCUCUUUUGCAAUGAGACUCGUUUCUCCGAGUUUCACUUGGCCUGUCGCGUAAGGAAAGGACGUUUUCCUAGUUUGGUGGUAACGAUGUGA